AUGGAUUUUAAAGAUAUACCAGUUAUCAAUGAUAAUAUUGUACCUGAAUCAGAUGAAGAAAUAAGACAACAAUUAAAAAACCUUGGUCAGCCAAUGGUACUCCCCGGGGAAGACGAUGAGGCAAGAAAACAACGAUUAAUAACUUUAACCACAGAUCAAGAUAUGAUGGAAGGGGAAGAAGAUGAAGAAGAGGAUAAUGAAGAAUUUUAUACUCCUGGACCUUCAGAAUUAUAUGAUGUACGAUUGAAGAUAUUAAAGAGCUCAUUGAUUAAAGCAUCAACAAGAUUAGAUUUAGAGAAAGAAAUGAAUCUGUUUGACUACACAUAUUAUUUAAAACAACGAAGGAAUUUGAAUUUAAAAGCAUCAAAAUUUGAAUUAUUUGGAUCACAAAUGAUUAAAGGGAAUACAAGGGCGAUUUCAACUGUUAGAUUUUCACCUAAUGAUGAAUUUAUUGCUAGUGGAUCAUGGGAUGGAUCUAUUUGUAUUAUGAAUAGUAAAGAUUUAUCCACAUUUUCAUUUAUUCCCAAUGGAUAUCAUUCUGAAAAAGUCACACUAGAUUGGGAUAUGAAUAGCAAUAAGAAUGUUUUUGCAUCUGGUGGAAAUGAAGGAAAUUUAAAUAUUUGGGAAGUAUCUGAAUCACAAUUAAAACCAAGUGUAUCUAUUAAACAAGCACAUGAUCAGAGAAUAACAAAAUCAAUAUUCCAUCCAAUUAAUGACUAUCUUGUUACUUCGUCAUCUGAUAAAACUUGGAAAUUAUGGGAUAUAAAUAAUGAAAAGGAAUUAAUGGUUCAAGAAGGACAUACGAGUGAAGUUAUUUCUUGCUCAAUACAUCAAGAUGGUAGUUUGCUAUUUAGUGCAGGUAAAGAAGGUAGAUCCUUCUGUUGGGAUUUAAGAAGCGGGAGAUCAGUAUUUACAUUGAGGAGUUGUUGGAGAGCUGAUUUUUGUAAUAAUCAUUUAGUCACAGGAGAUGCAAAUGGAGUAUUACAAGUAAUGGAUUUGAGAAAGAAUGAUCAAGCAUUACAAGAUAUACCAGCUCAUACUAAACCUAUUUCAGAUGUACACUUUUAUCAUCAAAGAGGUGAAUCUAAUGACAAGGAGGCCAAUGGGAAACUCUUGAUCUCUUCAAGUUUCGAUGGGAAUGUUAACAUAUGGUCAGUCGAUAAUUGGAUAAAAGUGAAGUCAUUAAAAGGUCAUGAUAGAUCGAUGAGUUGUGAUAUAAAUGGAGCAGGUGAUUCUAUUGUAAGUAGUGGUUGGGAUAGAACCGUUAAACUAUGGAACAUAUAG